AUGAUGAAACUUGGUCUUGUUCUGCUGCUGGCAGCCACUGCCUACGGGUGUGGGAGCCCCACCUACGCGCCCAACCCCAGCAGGGUGGUGAAUGGGGUGGAUGCUCGGCCCUACAGCUGGCCCUGGCAGAUUUCCCUGCAGUACCUGAGCUUAGGCUCCUACAGACACACCUGUGGGGGCACCCUCAUCGCACCCAACUGGGUCCUGACUGCCGGACACUGCAUCUCGUCUCGUAAGUACCGCGUGGUUCUGGGCGAGUACGACCUGACCCGGCAAGAGAACAACGAGCAGAACCGCGAUGUGGAGAAGAUCGUCGUGCACCCGGGCUGGAAUGACAACUGCGUCGCCUGCGGUGACGACGUUGCCCUGAUCAAGCUGGCCUCCAGCGCCAGCAUCAACGACAAGGUGCAGACAGCCUGCGUGCCACCGAGCGGGGAGAUCGUGGCACACAAUGAGCCCUGCUACAUCACCGGCUGGGGGAGGCUAUACACCGGGGGUCCCAUCGCCUCCAGGCUUCAGCAGGCCCUGCUGCCCGUGGUGGGGCACUCUACCUGCAGCCGCAGUGACUGGUGGGGCGGCUCCGUCAAGCCCACCAUGGUGUGCGCCGGUGGGGACAUCCGCUCCGGCUGUAACGGAGACUCUGGAGGCCCUCUGAACUGCAAGGGCAACGAUGGCAGGUGGUACGUCCAGGGGGUGACCAGCUUCGUCUCGUCUCGCGGCUGCAACACCAUCAAGAAGCCCACCGUCUUCACCCGCACGUCUUCCUUCACCCAAUGGAUCAGCGACACUAUGCUCAACAACUGAAGUUCCAGGACAGUGGCCCUUGCAUCUCUG